AGAACCUUAUGGAACCCAAAAAUCAGAAUAUGGGACGGAACUUCUUUUCUUGUGGCAAAAUUUUUCAUCAUUUGCUACAAUCACCGCUGCAAGAAUUUUCAACCGGAUGUCACUGAUCAUCUUCCGGUGGGUGCAAUGUUGUUUACCAUAAUAGUAUUACAUAGAUUUCAAGGUAUUGUAACCUCUUUAUCUUAUGUGACUCGAUUACGGCGGGAGAAGAACCGUCCAUGAGGACAAAGGAAGAGAUCCGAACUUAAAGGCUAUGCAAAAGCUGGAAUUCUUGAAACUUGUUCCGCUCAAAGAGGGCAUGACCAGUACAUGUACACCGGGAAUCUGGUUGAAGACUGAAGGUAUGUAAGGGAGAAAUGACUCGAGUGCUUCCAUACAGAACAUCCACCAUAUCUGCACCUCAUGCAUGGAUUGAUCAGAGCUGAGCAAUUGCCUGCACCUCCCCCACUUGAUGCUAGCUUGGGAGCCAUAAUCAUAGGUAGUAUUCUUGCAUUCUGCUUAUAUGGGGCUAUGGGUAUACAGGUUUAUUGUUAUUACCAACACAAUUUCAACAAGGACCCGUUCUGGAUUAAAUUUUUGGUUUGUUGGAGCACGUUCAUUGAGACAAUUCAUACAGUAUUUAUUUCGGUCACUUUAUACCAGACCGUAGUCACGCAUUUUGGAGACUACAGCUAUUUGACUGUUGCGCACUGGCCUUUGUCGUACUCUGUGGCCAUGUCCACUCUCAUUAGUGCUCCAGUCCAGACAUUCUAUGCGUUCCGCAUAUCCACUCUCUCGAAAAAGGUGUGGGUGCUGUGCUUGUCUAUACUGGCCUCCAUUAUUCGAGUUGCACUGGGCUUUACGGAUGCUGCCUUGUCUGAAAAAGCCACUGAGCUACUGGUCUUUCAGCACAAAUUUCUUGGAUAUAUUGUGGGGGCAUUAGCAGUUGGUAUAGCUGUUGAUAUUGUUAACACCAUCUCUCUUAUCCUCCUCUUGCUGAAAAAUAAGGGAAUGAGCAUGAGGAGCUCAAGGAAAACUAUAGACAGAUUAGUCCUUUGGACAGUGGAAACUGGGCUUUUGACUAGCAUUGCAAAUUUCAUGUCAUUAAUACUGGCUUUGUCUAUACAGUCACAAGCAACAUGGGUUGGCCCCAUCCUUUUUACUGCAAAAUUGUACUCAAAUGCCCUGCUUGCAUCACUGAAUGGACGAGUGUCUCUCAAGGCAACAAUCUCUUCAGUGCAUACUCAUAUUUCCAGCUUUUCACCAGCUUAUGCACCUUCCUCCUCGGUAUGUGGGCUAUAACCCCGUAGUAGUAUGUACAUGCCAUGGUUUGCAGUGCUUAGUGUCGUCAAUACAGGACGGUACUGGAAUUCAGUUCAAUGGCCAAUCUCAUAACAGUGGACUCGUCCUCCGUUCUUUUGCUCAUACUACUACCAGUCAUAUCGAGGCAACACAAGACAAUGAACGAAGUACCGAUGUUAUCAAGAGUGAUCCGGAAGCUUAGCACAAGGGUCACUGCUAGGCAACCUUGCGAGUUGUAUAGUCAAUAGUCUUACUUGUAUGGUCAAUAGUUUUCCUUGUAUCAUAUCACAUCAAAUAGUGUUAAAUAUAUAUUUUUCAUUUA